CAAAAUGAAAUCACUCAUAGUCAUUUUGUUCGGUGUUUAUUCGCAAAUUAGUGCAUUUCCAAAAGAGGUGCGCAUUAUUGGUGGACAUAAUGCUUAUGCUGGUGAAUUUCCCUAUGCGGCAGCUGUUUACAAAACAACAUCAGAAGGUAGAUAUUUCUGUACUGGAUCUCUUCUAAGUAACCAAUGGGUUCUCACCGCCGGUCAGUGCGUAGAUGGCGCUACUUCUUUUACCAUUAUUUUGGGAACACAUAAAUUAGAUGGAGAUAGUAACAAUGUAGAAAAAUUAGCAACCGACGAUUUUGUUUUGCAUCCCGAUUACAAUCCUUCUACGUUAGAAAAUGAUAUCGGGCUUAUUAAGCUUAGAAUGCCUGUAACUUUUACCACCUAUAUUAGAAGACUCUAUUUGCCAUUUUCCGAUUUAUCAAAUAAUAUAGUUGGUAUCGCAUUUGGAUGGGGACAAACCAGUGAUGAUAAUUCUAAUCUUUCCAAUACUCUUCAAUACGUUACUUUAAGUGAAGUUUCUGAUGAAGAGUGUAAAAUUACAUAUGGAGAGCAAAUUGGUAAAAAUAUGAACUGUUUUGAAGGCAACUACAAUGAAGGAACAUGUUUUGGAGACACUGGAAGUCCGAUUGUUUUGCAUGUUAGUAGUGGUUACACUAUUGUUGUCGCAGUUGCAAGUUUCUUCAGUUCAAAUGGAUGUGAAAGUACUGAUCCUUCGGGAUAUACAAAAAUUUUCCCAUACAACGACUGGAUAAAAAAUGUAACGCAAUUAUCAAUGUAAUAAAAUAUUUUUUAGAAACUUUUAAGAAGUUACAAUAACAUAGUAAUUGAUAUUAAUUAAUAAACCUAUUA